UUUUUUCCCUAAUUCCCCAACUGCCACACCUAAAACCACCUCCCCACCCCCAUCUACCAUCGUCUCCGUCACCAUAACCCACGCCCCACGCUCCUUUUAUUUUCUCCUUCUCUCUCCAAAAUUCAUCUCUCUCCUCUCUUUCUCUCUCUACGAUGGAUCCCGACACCAGCGAAAUAACCCACCACUUCCCCCCGUUUUUCCAAAUCCACAAAGACGGCCGAGUCGAGCGGUUCAUGGUCUCCCCAUUCGUCCCCCCAACCCUCGACCCCCAAACCGGUGUCCAAUCGAAAGACGUCUUAAUCUCCCCGGAAACCGGAGUCACCGCCCGGAUCUUCUUGCCCAAAACCAACGGCCCAGAUCCGAUCAAAAAGCUCCCCCUCGUCGUGCACUACCAUGGCGGGGGCUUCUGCGUCGGAUCCGCCCUCGGCCCCGCCACCACCCAGUUCCUCACCCGCCUAGUUUCCGAAGCGAACGUCGUCGCCGUCUCGAUCGACUACAGGCUCGCUCCCGAGCACCCGCUGCCCGUCGCGUUCGAUGACUCCUGGUCCGCGUUGCAGUGGAUUUACACCCACUCUAACGGCACCGGGCCCGAGUCAUGGUUAAACCAGUACGCUGAUUUCGGGCGGGUUUUUUUAACGGGCGAGAGUGCUGGAGCAACCAUAGCCAAUAACAUGGCGGUUCGGGAGGGGACCGCUACGGAUUUGGAGGGUUUGCGUGUUCGUGGAGCGGCUUUAGUGCACCCGUAUUUUGCAAAUGACAAACCGAACGCCAUGAUGCGGUACAUGUAUCCGGGGAGUAGCGGGACGGAUAGUGACCCGAUGAUGAGUCCGAAGGCGGAUUCGGAUUUGGGUAAAAUGAGUUGUGAGAAGGUGCUGGUGUUCGUGGCGGAGCAUGAUUUGUUCGGGUUGAGGCCAAUAGGGGUGGAGUAUUGUGAGACGUUGAGGAAUAGUGGGUGGAAAGGGGAUGUGGAAUUGGUGGAGAAUCAAGGGGAGGAUCAUGUCUUCCAUUUGGUUAAUCCCACCUGUGAAAAUGCUUUGCUUUUGGUUCACAAGUUGGGUUUGUUUGUAAAUGAUGCUUCGGAAUGAUCCCUUGUCACAUUAACAGUUCAGAUCUCAUCUCGACAACGAAUGAUUAAGAUGAGGUAUGGACCGUCGGAUAGCCGAACGGAUGAUUCGGAUUGUGCACAGCACAGUGUUAUACACCUUGUGCAUGGAUAAUACAAGUCUUUUGGCGUUCUUUUGUUUCUUACGAAUAAGACUAUCCUUUUUUGUUUUGUUAAUGUUUAUAGGAAUGGCGAAAAUCUUGAGAGGGAAUGAAAAUUUAAUGUUAUAUCUC